GGACGCCAAAUCUGUCCCCGCGCAGCCGCCGCCGGGCGCCAAGCGGGGCGGCCGACCUCCCUGAGGCGUGUCUGUUCACGUUCCCACGCACGCUCCGGCGUACGGCGGCGGCCCGGGGUCGUGAGCCGGCGAAGACCCGCGCGCGGAGGAGCCGGGAGACUCAACGUUUCUUCCCUCCCUCCCCCAUUCCCUUCCCCGCUCCCUCCCCUCCCAAGAAUGUUCCGCUACGAGUCUUUGGAGGAUUGUCCUUUGGAUGAAGAUGAAGAUGCAUUUCAAGGUCUGGGAGAGGAAGAUGAAGAGAUUGAUCAAUUCAAUGAUGAUACAUUUGGAGCAGGUGCAGUUGAUGAUGAUUGGCAGGAAGCACAUGAGCGCCUGGCUGAAUUGGAAGAGAAGCUACCGAUAACAGUUAACGAACAAACAGGCAAUGGAGAAAGGGAUGAGAUGGACUUGUUGGGUGACCACGAGGAAAAUCUUGCAGAAAGGCUCAGUAAGAUGGUGAUUGAAAAUGAAUUAGAAGAUCCAGCUAUCAUGAGGGCAGUGCAGACAAGGCCAGUUUUGCAACCCCAACCAGUUAGUCUCAAUUCCAGCAUCUGGGAUGGAUCUGAAGUUCUCAGGCGAAUCCGAGGACCACUGCUUGCUCAGGAAAUGCCAACCAUGUCUGUAUUAGAAUAUGCCUUGCCUCAGAGGCCCCCACAGGGCCCUGAAGAUGAUCGGGACCUUUCUGAACGUGCAUUACCAAGGCGGUCAACUUCACCUGUCAUUGGGAGUCCUCCUGUUCGAGCGGUCCCUAUCGGCACCCCACCUAAGCAGGUGGCUGUACCCAGCUUCAACCAACAGAUUCUGUGUCCGAAGCCUGUCCAUGUUCGGCCCCCAAUGCCACCGCGCUAUCCUGCUCCCUAUGGUGAGAGGAUGUCUCCAAACCAGCUGUGCGCUGUCCCGAAUUCUUCCCUUCUGGGUCACCCUUUCCCUCCUAGUGUUCCUCCUGUUCUCAGCCCCCUCCAGAGAGCACAGCUUCUUGGAGGAGCACAGCUGCAGCCUGGACGGAUGUCUCCCAGCCAGUUUGCACGGGUCCCUGGAUUUGUUGGUAGUCCGCUUGCUGCCAUGAAUCCCAAGUUGCUGCAAGGGCGAGUUGGGCAGAUGCUUCCCCCAACACCAGGCUUCCGUGCCUUCUUUAGUGCUCCACCCCCUGCUACACCACCACCUCCUCAGCAGACCCCCUCUGGCCCAGGACCUCACCUGCAAAACCUAAGAACUCAGGCCCCUAUGUUUAGACCAGACACAACUCACCUUCAUCCGCAGCACCGUCGACUCUUGCAUCAGAGACAGCAACAGAAUAGAAAUCAGCAUCGGACUCUCAAUGGUGCAGGAGAUAGAGGAAGUCACCGGAUAAGUCAUCAAGAUCAUCUCCGAAAGGAUCCAUACGCCAAUCUCAUGUUGCAGCGAGAAAAGGACUGGGUCUCUAAAAUCCAGAUGAUGCAGCUGCAAAGCACUGAUCCCUACCUGGAUGAUUUUUAUUACCAGAAUUACUUUGAAAAACUGGAGAAAUUGUCAGCUGCUGAAGAAGUGCAAGGUGAAGGCCCUAAGAAGGAACGCACCAAGCUCAUUACACCUCAGGUGGCCAAGCUGGAGCAUGCCUAUAAGCCAGUGCAGUUUGAGGGCUCUCUGGGAAAGCUUACUGUCUCCAGUGUGAAUAAUCCGCGAAAAAUGAUUGAUGCUGUUGUGACAUCUCGGAGUGAGGAUGAUCUUGAUGUGGAGGAUUAUGAAAGGCGUUAUCUCCUAAGUCUAGAAGAAGAACGACCUGCCCUGAUGAAUGACAGAAAGCACAAAAUCUGUAGCAUGUAUGACAACUUAAGGGGGAAAUUGCCUGGACAAGAGAGGCCAAGUGAUGACCACUUUGUGCAGAUCAUGUGUAUACGAAAAGGGAAGAGAAUGGUUGCCCGCAUUCUUCCCUUCCUCUCCACAGAGCAGGCAGCUGACAUUCUCAUGACAACAGCCAGGAAUCUCCCUUUCCUUAUCAAGAAGGAUGCGCAAGAUGAGGUGCUGCCAUGCUUAUUGAGUCCCUUCUCUCUCCUCCUCUAUCACCUUCCAUCAGUGACUGUCACCAGCCUUCUGCAACAGCUAAUGAACCUACCUCAGAGCGCAGCUGCACCAGCACCCUGCAGUCCUCACCUCACCGCUGUGCUCCAGAACAAGUUUGGCCUGUCACUACUCCUUGUCAUCCUGAGCCGUGGGGAAGACCUACAGAGUUCAGACCCUGCUACAGAAUCGGCGCAAAACAACCAGUGGACGGAGGUGAUGUUCAUGGCAACCCGAGAGCUUCUGCGGAUUCCCCAAGCAGCCCUGGCCAAACCAAUCUCUAUGCCCACAAACCUAGUAUCCCUCUUUUCUCGCUAUGUUGACCGACAGAAACUGAACUUGCUGGAAACAAAGCUGCAGCUAGUUCAGGGGAUACGAUAAAAGAUCUCCAAAUGUGUCCUGUACCUCCUUUUGGCUGCCACCUGCACUGCUGCCACCACCAAUGGAGUGUUUUUAAUGAGGGAGGGAAGGUAGCUUACUCCCCAAAGCCUCUUGUGGGACCGAUUCCUGUUCACAGGGUUUGUCUCUAAAUGCCAGGUAUUUCCCUACUCCUCUGUGAAACUUGGCUGGGUGAUACUUCUGCUGGUUUCUUGCCAUCUGUGUUACAGUUCUGCAUGUCCUACUUUUACUCAAUUCUUCUCAAUUUUGCAUUUUCUUUGCCCUAGAGACACAAAUACAAUCUCUCCCUUUAUCCCACUACCACUACUCCAGCUCAGAGUAGAUGUAGCCUGCCAAAGGUUUCCUCCCCUCAUCCUGUUGAAGCCUUUUUUCAUUGCCCCAUAUUAAUAUGACUAUAGGAGAGCCAGUUAAGUAGAAAUCAGUAUGUAUAUGCGUGUGUGUGUUUGUGUAUGUUUGUGUGUCUCAACACACAUAGACACACACCACUGCAUACAUUUAUGUGGUCUCCUGAGGAUCCUUAAAGAAUGAAUUUUAGAUUGAGACAUAUCCCUCCUCUGAACACAAACCAGCUGAUAUAUUUUUAAUCUGUUUAUAGUCCAUCGUGUAAUUAAUUUGGGGGGUUCUACUUGUUUUAAUAUAAAUAGAGGGUGUGCAGCACAUUAAUAAAGUCAGAAUUCUUAAUUGGCUGAUACCCAGCUCUAGGCUGAGAAGUCCUUUUUCUCCUCCCCAUGUGUCUUCUCUUUGUUUCUGUCCACCUCAGUGGAAACAACACACGGUUAAGCCUUUUUUCUCACUACAUCUACAGUGUACUUAAGCCUGUCCCCUCAAGUACAUGCAAGAUGCCCAAAAUGAUCCUAACCUAAAGCCUGCUUCCACAGUGUAACUUUUGCACACUUGCUGUCUUCCUGAGACGACUUCAGUAAGCCAUGCUUUUACUUACCUCUUCCCUGUUAUUAUUUGGUAUUAUGGGUUGAAACCUCCAAAUGUAACCACGCAAGCUAAGCUUGGCUUGUUGUUGCUCUUCAGUCUCCCCUACACCAUGAGCAGAACUGCUGUCCUGCUUUGUCUCACCCAAGUCCCUUUCCCAGGCAGCCAGGGGCCUGGGUUUGCAGCCCAGCAGAGACAGCCCCCGUGAUUCUUUCCACUUACCCUUCUUCCACUCAGCAACCAAGAUGAGGGCUUUGAUGUCUAGUGAUUACAGCCCUCAAGAAAAGUUCACCUGAAUUAAUCUUUCCUGACUGUCCUGAUAGACUUUUUGCUAUUCAUGCCUUUUCAAGUGUAGUGGGUGGGACAGGUUAUAUUUAAAGAGAAGAAACAUUUUGCACAUAUACGUGUUGUACAACAGUAAAAUCCUCUCCUCUGUUACAACCAGCUGUCCUUGUUCCUGUGUCCAUUUUUCCCAUUUCUGUAGCCCCAGGCUGCACCAGCUGUUCCCAGUGACAUUACUUAUCUGCUGACCAUUUCCACUAUGCACCUUUCCUACCUUCCCUUCACAACUAAUCAAGUGAACACUUGAUUAUUCUUGUUUUCUGUGCUUUAUCUUUUUUGUUCAGUUCUAAUUAAUUAAAAAAGUUUCUAAAUUUACAUUUUUAUAGGGUAUUGUAAAUAAAUGAAUUGUAUACUUGAAAAAAA